GGCAACCCUCGUUUACGAGCCCUAGUAGAAACAAAGAACGCGAGCACGAGCGCAGGCCAAAGGCGGCGACGGGAACCACCACCGCCGCACCGCCGCACCGGCGAAUCCAAGCGAGCUAUCGGAGAUGCUGCUGGAAGAGCUGCUCCGCUGCCAGAUCCAGGAGUGGUACCCGGCGUUCCGCCGCCACACCGUCCCCACCGUCAUCAUCCCCCUCCCCGCCGCCUUCCUCCGCUACCUCGCCGGCAAGACCGCCUACCCCGACCCCGCCGCCGCCGCCUCCGACGAAGACGGCCCUCUCCCCUUCCUCCUCCCGACGAUCACCUCGGGCCGCACCCCGUUCCCGCCGGUCCGCGCCCACCUCCCCGACCCCGUCUCCCUCCUCGACCACGACGCCUCCGAGCUCAUCUUCGACUCCUGCUCCUCCUCCGACGACGAGGACGAACAGAACCUUCUCCGCCCGGCCUUCCCGGAGCUCGAGGCCGCCGUCGACGCCGCCAUCGCCGACCUCGGCGGCGCCGCGCUCCCCAAGCUCAACUGGAGCGCGCCUAAAGACGCCGUCUUUAUGGCCGCCGACGCCACCACGCGCUGCACCUGCUUCGCCGAGGUCGCCAUGCUGCUCCGCGCCUCCGACUGCAUCGCGCACGACCUCGUCUCCGCGCGUGCCUCCUGCCAGGACUUCGUGCGCCCAGAGGGUGUUCGACGGAAUGCCAGACAGGGCACUGGUGCUCUACCGAAUGGAGUUGAGAGUAGCAACGGUUCCGGUCCUCUCAACGAUCCUGCUCGCGACGAGGCAGACAGUGAUACAUCGGAAGAGGACGAUUCCUGGCUGGAAGACGGGUUCCAGUACUACCUCGCGCUCCGCAAGUGGUACCCGGGCCUCCGCCCCGAGUCCGAGUUCCGUUGCUUCGUGUGGGGACGGAAGCUGGUCGGUGUCUCGCAGCGCGACCCGUCAGCAUACUACCCCUCGCUGCCUGGGUGGAGGGCCGAGGUGCAGCCAAAGAUCGAGGAUUUCUUUGACGACAUAGUCGAGCCGCAGUUUGCUUCAGAGAACUACACGUUUGACGUCUCUGUGAGAGCGGAUGGCCGGGUGAAGCUGAUCGAUUUCAAUCCUUGGGGUGGCUAUACCUUGCCGCUCAUGUUUGAGUGGGAGGAGCUUGAGGAGGAGCAGAGAGGGGAUGAUGAGCUCGAGUUUAGAGUGGUCAUGCAGCAAGGCGCAGUGAGGCCAGGGUUAAUGACAGCGGUGCCGUAUGAUAUGCUGGAUUGGGGGGAUGGGAGUGGCUGGGACGUGUUUCUCAAGAAGGCGGACAGUGAACUCAACAGACAGAUGGCCUCAUUGGAUGUGGAUUCGUAACUGCGCUCUAGAACAGGGUGAACAGCAUAGGUGAUGGCUCUUGGAAACGUUCUGUUCCGUCUGUCAAACACUAGAAGUAGCAACUUUCUUCAGAUUGCUAUGCAACGUCACAAUACUGUGAUGUUUUCUGCAACUUCUGUAAUGCUAGGUUGCUUGUAUGGGAUUACCUGUAGUUUGCUUCAUCUCAGUUAUAUCUUCGAGUAUUUGCAGAAAAAUAUUUUGUGCUGGAA